UGUUUCUCACCUUGGUAGCGGCGUCCAGUGGAGACGCGGACGUGUCGCUGAUGGUAACAGGCCGCUGCAAAGUAGCGCAGGUAGUCCGAAUAAUGCAACGGAGUAAUAAUCGAGGAGGCGAAGGUGCAUGGAUGCAGCGAACAAGGUAUUAAGUAUAUUUGGCAGAAAAGGAGCGGUACGGAUUAUAUGUGGCCCAGAAACACGGCAAUCCCCCGCACCACCAGGACGAGCAAAAAAAAUCAAGCAAUCUAACCCACGACGCCCGAGACAUCGUUUGUUCAUCACACGCUCCGGGAGCAUUUAUGGCCACCAUCACCGAGGAGCCCGAGCUAAUCGAGCAACAGUUGGACAGCGGCAUGGGUAGCAGCGAUGCACGAUCACCAGAGGUUAAGUGCCUGCUACCAGAAGAGGACGAAGCCGAUGAAGAGGACGAGACUGUUUUGGAGAGGCUUGUUGGACUCACUGAAAUGUUCCCGGAUGGAGUCAGGAAUUUCAGCUGUCGCGCGGCAGGCUUCAUGAAAAAUUUCGUGAAAGGCUUUUAUUCUUUUUCGUGUAAUACGACGUGGAUAUUCUUCAGUUCUUCAGCAAUUUUGAUUGCUCCUUUAAUUUUUGAAAUUGAAAGAGCACAAAUGGAAGAAGCACAACGCCUCCAACAGAAACAAGUGUUAUUUGGACCAAAUACACCAAUGCCAGGUGGUGAUGCUGGUGGUUUCCCAAUGCCUCCUCCAAUUCAGAGAUAAUUUGACGUUAUUACAAAAAACUUGAAAAAGUUAUUUCACAAAACACUGGAUUGUCAUAAUAAAACGGUUAAACUUUUUCUUCUUCACGCAUAUAUUACAACAAAAUGUCAUGUGAAAAAGAAUUGGAACAAAAAAAAUAACUAGUAAUAAAAAUCUGUUAAUAGUGCUGAGUUUUUAAAAAAAAUUGUGUGUAAUAUAGUAGUACGAAUGACGCUUGCAAAAAAUUUUAUGUUGUGUUUUAUACAUACACAUAUUUGUAAACUAUGAUAAUGGAGUUUGCAAAACUUUACCAUUCAGCAAGUUUAUGAUUUGCUUUGUUAAUCUUUUACAAACUGCAUCAUUCCGAAUGAUGGCAUU